GUCGCGUCUCAAUUUAAAAAUAGGAAGGCAAUUAUAGAAGGCCUCCUUCGACGAAGGUUCCCUCUCAUAUCGCUUCGUGCCUUAUCCGCGUUAGAGAGAAGCAGAAUCAUAACCCCUCUCUCUAUAUAGCUUCACAAGCAGCGUCGUCGCCGCCGCCUCUUCCAAUCUUUCGCUAUUCGCCGCCGCUUCCUUUCUUCGGUAAGACGCUUUCGAUCGCCAUCGCGCACAGGAUUUACUUUUUGAGCUUUAGUUCCCAAGGGUUUCUGUUUGAAUCCACAUCUUCUGUUAUUCCAAUCAAUUCACAUAACUUGAGGCUUGACAAAAAUAAACAAUCAUAUAGCUCGAUUUGUCGUUGCUACUGUCUUCUUCGUCCUAAAAUUUGGUUUUGUUUUCAAGAUCCCCCUUUUUGUUCGAUUUACCGGGUCCAUUUAGGGUUUGGUCUGGACGAGGAUUUUUCAGAUAUUUUGGGGCUAGGGUUUUUUGUUUUGAGGUAGAGUUAGUUAAGGGUUUUGUUCACACAACGUGCGUCCAUAUGGCUGCUGGAAGACACGGUGGUUACAGAGACAACGAGUUCAGGAACCGCGAGUCAGAUUUGGAUGUGCCCAGAAGGGAAUUGGGGUAUUCCAAGAGGGAUUAUGAGCGAACUAGGGAUGUCGAUCGGGAUUAUGACAGAUUUAAUGUUCGUGACAGGAAUGGUAGAGAUGGGGGAAGAGUCAGAGAGAAGGAUAUAUUUGAAAGAGAAUUGACGAAUGGGGAUUGUCGGUCUGUGUCCAGUAGGAGUGACUCAGGUAGCAGCGAAGGUGGAAGUGGUGGUAAUGCUCGUGGGCGAAGACCUGGAUUUACGGUGAGGGAUGUUGACCGGGAGCCUGGGGAGCUGUCUAGUGAAAGUAGCUCCGAUGGAACUAUGGACAUAGAUAAAGAGGUUAAAGGCGGGGAAGCUAAAAAGUUGGCCAAUGGAAACAGGUCACCUAUGUUGAGUAAGAAAAGGAAAUUCUCUCCAAUCAUUUGGGAUAGAGAUGAUAAGGAGGUGCCUAAAGCUGUAAAUGCAGUUAGUACACAGCCUGCUUCUGACCUUCCUCCUCAGUAUCCAAUACUGAAGUCAAUUAACACACCCAAGCGCUGUUCUCCUAUGACAGAUAGCAAGCUUCAGUAUUCACCUAUUGCUCCUGCUCAACCAAACAGCAAUCCUGAAACUCAACCAAACAGUACUCCUGAAACUCAUGCUGCAAGUGUCAUUCAAUCCUCUGUUAAUUUAGCUUUGCCCUCCAAUGAUGGUCAAGAAUUUCAGGAUGAUGAGUAUGUACCCACGCGAACCAUAAGGUUUUCACGGUGGGCAACUGAUGCUAAUUCCCCAGCCGAUGAAGGUGAAAUAUCAAAUGAUGAUGAAAUUCCCAAAUCAAGAAAGAGAAAGUCAGCUUCGGAGUUCAUGGAGCAAAAGGAAAAUUCAAAAACACCAACCCCUGAGGUCUUGGAGCUUCGUAGAGAUUCUGAAGGAACUAGGACUAGGUUAUCUGAAUCUGAGGAGCGUAUUAGGUCUUCCAGUAGAGACAGUUAUGCUGACAAUGAUGGUGACAACAGCGAUUACAUGGAUAUUGUAAAGGAGCAGAAUCGUGUGGGUACUAGUUCUAGCCAGUCAGAUACAGAUUCUGAAGAUGACCAUGUCUCACCCAGUACACCAGAGCCUGCACCCCCAAUGCAAAGAAGUGUGAACAUGCUUCAAGGAUGCAGGAGUGUUGAUGAAUUUGAGAGGCUUAACAAGAUUGAUGAAGGCACAUAUGGGGUAGUCUACAGGGCCAGGGAUAAGAAGUCAGGAGAAAUUGUUGCCUUGAAAAGGGUUAAAAUGGAGAAAGAGAGGGAAGGGUUUCCCUUGACUUCUCUAAGGGAAAUCAAUAUUCUUCUCUCAUUUCAUCACCCGUCUAUUGUUGAUGUAAAGGAAGUUGUUGUGGGUAACAGUCUUGAUAAGAUUUUCAUGGUGAUGGAGUAUAUGGAACAUGACCUCAAGGCAUUAAUGGAAACAAUGAAGCAGCCAUUUAGCCAAAGUGAAGUGAAAUGCCUUAUGAUACAGCUUUUAGAGGGCAUCAAGUAUCUCCAUGAUAAUUGGGUUCUUCACCGAGAUUUAAAGACUUCAAAUUUGCUUUUAAAUAACCGUGGUGAGUUAAAGAUCUGUGAUUUUGGGUUAGCUCGACAAUACGGCAGCCCUCUGAAACCCUAUACUCAAUUGGUGGUUACUUUAUGGUACAGGGCACCAGAACUGUUAUUGGGAGCCAAGCAAUAUUCAACAGCAAUCGAUAUGUGGUCUUUGGGUUGUAUUAUGGCUGAGUUGUUGUCUAAAGAACCACUAUUCAAUGGGAAAUCAGAGAUUGAACAACUUGAUAAGAUUUUCAAAAUCCUUGGCACACCCAACGAAACAAUAUGGCCUGGAUUUUCUAAACUUCCAGGUGUCAAGAUCAGUUUUGUGAAGCAUCAGUAUAACCUGUUGCGUAAGAAGUUUCCAGCCACAUCCUUCACAGGGUCGCCGGUACUUUCAGAUGCUGGCUUUGACUUGUUAAACAAGCUUCUGACUUUUGAUCCUGAGAAGCGUAUAACUGUUGAAGCAGCACUCAAUCACGAGUGGUUUCGUGAAGUUCCUCUUCCCAAGUCUAAAGAAUUUAUGCCAACAUUUCCAGCACAGCAUGCUCAGGACAGGCGGAUGCGACGGGUAUAUAAAAGUCCAGAUCCACUGGAGGAGCUGCGUAGGAAGGAGUUGCAGCAAGGUGAAGUAGGAAAUGGUGGUUUGUUUGGUUAAGAAAAUUCAGUAAUGCUCAUUUGUACUGUUUAAGAUUCUCUUUCUGCAAUACUUGUCAAUUUGAAUGGUUGAGGUGAGAGAGCCCAUCUACUGAAAGGGAGUUGCAAACCUUGUUUGUGAGGUCACCCGUGCUGUUUUUUAGCAGGCACGUUCUACAAAAUAGGUGGAGAAGAUAUUGUUUUGGCACAGUAUAUUGCAGAUGUGUUCCAGGGCUGCUUAAAACAAAGACUGCCGGACUGCUUGUCAUGCUGGGUGGUAUGCUGAGGCCUUAAUUUACCAGCCAGAUUCAAUUGUUUCUCGUGUAUGUAACAUAUUUCUUAUUUGAAAAUUGUAAACAGUUUCUAUGACAUUGGUUCUGAAUAGUAGAGCUUAUGGAUUUUAUUGGUGUUCAGUAUUGAUGAAUUUAAUUGGGAAUUUUACUUUUCAUCCAUUUUGAUCUUCACAUUGUGUUUGCAAGAGAUGAUGGUGUAAAGCAGGCAGAGUGUUCCACUAUCAUUUUCAUUGAUGAAGACGUAGACAGGAAGUAAUGAACCACUUUAAAGGUACUUAUUGGAUCUGAAUAUUUGGAUCUAGGCGAGGAUCACAAAGAUUCUCUCCCUGCAUCAUGUGGAAUUUAUCACCUGCUGAUAAUUAUUGAAAUAAAAACGUGUUUCUCUUUCAGAAAUGUUGGUUUCACAUGCUUUCUCUUUUACUUUUUAUCAUCACACUUCCAGGAUCUGUUGCAUCAACAGGUAAACUGUCUUGCUUGCCUCAAAACUUUUGAAAAAUGGGUUGUCCCCUCUUUUGAUACACUUUUGUUAGGAAUCCUAGGGUGUACAAAUCAGCCAUGCCUAAAACUAUCUGUGAUGUAUUGAAAAAUUGAAGACCAGGCAGACAUAUACAAUCUCCUAUUACAAUACCCAUGCCAUGCCCUUGUGAUGAUGUUGCUCAGGUUUCGAAACUAACUGAAAACUUGGUUUUUUGAGAACCACUUAUCAAGUUCUAUGAUUGACUUGCUUUAGCUAGAGACUCGAUUUUUUCUUGUUUCUCUUGCUCAGUCAUUUCUCCGUAAGUUGUUAUAUUAUGCUGGUUUAUUCAUGUAUUUCAUUUGGAAUUUCAUUACAAUGGGCGUUCCUUUUCUUUUUGUUGUCACUUGAUUCUACGAGCAACAUUUGGGCGUGCAGUGGAAUGGUUUGCAUUUUCACCCUCGGCUGCAAUUGUUGUUUCAUCAGCGAGCAGGUUGAGGAACCUAGUUGUUGAGCCUGGACAGAUAUACCUUUGUUUCUGUUGAACUCAAUAAGGUAUCUUUCACCACUAGAAUAUCUUAGUUUCUGCACUUGAGUUUUUAUGCAAGGAGAUAGGGCUAUGGGCACCAUUUCUGGCUGAAAAUUUUCACUUCGCGAUGGAACUCAUUUCUUCUUUAGCUGAAAUUUCUUGUGAAAUAUCCUGUCCGACUGCCUCAAAAGAACCAUGUAUUCUGGCUCUGAUUUUUUGGGUAAUACUUCGUUCAUUCUUCCUUUUCCUCGUGGGCCCUGGAUAUGGACUUCUCAAUUGGCAAAUCCUUUUUCUUUUCAAAUUCCUGUUUGCAUUUUUCAUCUCUUGCCCCCUAUCUAUUCUUUAUGUGUGUAAAGUAACAUCAUUAGUUGGAUCAAGUAUUUUAAAAUUUUAUUAAACAUAAUAACAGCCUGUUCAAAACUUAAACAAAACAACUUUUUUUUUAUCGUUCUCCAAUGCCUUUGUACUUGUAGCUUUAACUACAAAAAUGAGGAAACAUCCACCCUUAGGUGACUUAUUGGGAAUAAGCAAGGGUAGAUUUUCUUCCUUCGUCAAUCAUAUUUAAAUAAACACACCAGACGACCAUUUACAUACCCUAUCUGGUUCUUUGUUGUAUAUUUGAUAAUACAACAUGGACUUUGAUCUGCUAAGCAUGGGGUUGGAUGAGGGAGGAAGAUGGUGAUCCGAUCCUCGAUGCAUAUAAAGAUUCUUCAACUAAAGUGGCAAAGCCUUGUGUGUAAGGGCAAAGGCAUGCCACAUGGUAUCUGAUCAAGAUGCAAGAAAUCAAUUGUGCUUAAUUGGUGUCAUUCUCACUUGUCAUUGCUUGAUGAAUUGCCUUCACUCUAGAAGGAGUUUGAUGUACCAUCUUUAAUGGGCCUUAAAGCCCACCAUGGGUACUUGAGCUGUUUCAUGUAGGAGGUGACGGUUUGGUGGAACUGCAUGUGGCUAAAGCUUGCCACUUGCUUGCUUGUGACCGGAUUGCCUUGAGCCUUGAGAUAUAUUUGUAGUGGAUCAUUCAAGCAAACAAUCAAUCGACUGCCUCUAUGCCUCUAUGGUGGCAUCUGAAAUCCUGAGGAAAAUUUUCACGGAUGUAAUUCAGAUUUGUACCUAAGUGGGGCCCGUAGCAGCAGGUUUUGCCAUCUAAAAGCCAUUUUUAAACCUGCAAAUCUGCAAUCCUCUUUCUGACCAAACAUGUUUUGAUAUACUGGACUUGAUGAGACCAUCAACGUCCCCACAUUUGUUAGGUCCUGUUGUGCAAGGUUGCACUCGGUUAGUUAUAGGAGCAUAUAUGUCUAAACUCAAUUGUCAUCUACAGAAAUCAAGUAUCUGUGCUAUACUUGAUGUUAAGAAAUACAAAUGGAGUAUAAAAUGUUAAGAAUUUCGUUUAUAAGAA